GCUACAAGAACAAAAGAAUAUCUUGUCAGAAUUUCAAAGAGAUUUAAAUGAAUUUGUUUUAUGGUUGGAAGAAGUGGAUAACAUUAGUAGUAUUCCACUUGAACCUGGAAACGAGCAGCAGCUAAAAGAAAAACUUGAUCAAGUCAAGUUACUGGCAGAAGAGUUGCCCCUGCGCCAGGGAAUUCUAAAACAAUUAAAUGAAACUGGAGGAACAGUGCUUGUGAGUGCUCCCAUAAGCCCAGAAGAGCAAGAUAAACUUGAAAAUAAGCUCAAGCAGACAAAUCUUCAGUGGAUCAAGGUUUCUAGAGACUUACCUGAGAAACAAAGAGAAAUUGAGGCUCACAUAAAAGAUCUUGGACAGCUUGAAGAACAAUUAAAUCAUCUGCUUCUGUGGCUGUCUCCUAUUCGGAAUCAGUUGGAAAUUUACAAUCAACCAAAUCAAACAGGACCAUUUGACAUUAAGGAAACUGAAGUAGAAGUUCAAGCUAAACAGCCGCAUGUGGAAGGGAUUUUGUCUAAAGGGCAGCGUUUGUACAAGGAAACACCAGCCACUCAGCCAGUGAAGAGGAAGUUAGAAGAUUUGAACUCUGAGUGGAAGGCGGUAACCCAUUUACUUCAAGAGCUGAGGGCAAAGCAGCCUGGCCCAGCUCCUGGACUGACCACUAUUGGAGCCUCUCCUAGUCAGACUGUUACUCUGGUGACACAACCUGUGGUUACCAAGGAAACUGCCAUCUCCAAAGUAGAAAUGCCGUCUUCCUUGCUGUUGGAGGUACCUGCUCUGGCAGAUUUCAACCGGGCUUGGACAGAACUUACCGACUGGCUGUCUCUACUUGACCAAGUUAUAAGAUCACAGAGGGUGAUGGUGGGUGAUCUUGAAGACAUCAACGAGAUGAUCAUCAAGCAGAAGGCAACACUGCAGGAUUUGGAACAGAGGCGCCCCCAGUUAGAAGAACUCAUUACUGCUGCCCAGAAUUUGAAAAACAAGACCAGCAAUCAAGAGGCUAGAACAGUCAUUACUGAUCGAAUUGAAAGAAUUCAGAGUCAGUGGGAUGAAGUACAGGAACAUCUUCAGAACCGGAGGCAACAGUUAAAUGAAAUGUUAAAGGAUUCAACACAAUGGCUUGAAGCUAAGGAAGAAGCUGAGCAGGUCUUGGGGCAGGCUAGAGCCAAGCUUGAGUCGUGGAAGGAGGGUCCCUACACAAUGGAUGCAAUCCAAAAGAAAAUCACAGAAACCAAGCAAUUGGCCAAAGACCUCCGCCAGUGGCAGAUAAAUGUAGAUGUGACAAAUGACUUGGCACUGAAACUUCUCCGGGAUUAUUCUGCAGAUGAUACCAGAAAAGUACACAUGAUAACAGAGAACAUCAAUGCCUCUUGGGCAAGCAUUCAGAAAAGAGUGAGCGAGCGAGAGGCUGCUUUGGAAGAAACUCAUAGAUUACUGCAACAGUUCCCCCUGGACCUGGAGAAGUUUCUUGCCUGGCUUACAGAAGCUGAAACAACUGCCAACGUCCUGCAGGAUGCCACCCAUAAGGAAAGGCUCCUAGAAGACUCCAAGGGAGUAAGAGAGCUGAUGAAACAAUGGCAAGACCUCCAAGGAGAAAUUGAAGCUCAUACAGACAUCUAUCACAACCUGGAUGAAAAUGGCCAAAAAAUCCUGAGAUCCCUGGAAGGUUCUGAAGAUGCGGUCCUGUUACAGAGACGUUUGGAUAACAUGAACUUCAAGUGGAGUGAGCUGCGGAAAAAGUCUCUCAACAUUAGGUCCCACUUGGAAGCCAGUUCUGACCAGUGGAAGCGUCUACACCUUUCUCUUCAGGAACUUCUGGUGUGGCUACAGCUGAAAGAUGAUGAGUUAAACCGGCAGGCACCUAUUGGGGGCGAUUUUCCAGCAGUUCAGAAGCAGAACGAUGUACACAGGGCCUUCAAGAGGGAAUUGAAAACGAAAGAACCUGUAAUCAUGAGUACUCUUGAGACUGUGCGAGUAUUUCUGACAGAGCAGCCUUUGGAAGGACUAGAGAAACUCUACCAGGAGCCCAGAGAGCUGCCUCCUGAGGAGAGAGCCCAGAAUGUCACACGGCUCCUACGAAAGCAGGCUGAGGAGGUCAACACUGAGUGGGAAAAAUUGAACCUGCACUCUGCUGACUGGCAGAGAAAAAUAGAUGAGGCCCUCGAAAGACUCCAGGAACUUCAGGAGGCCACGGAUGAGCUGGACCUCAAACUACGCCAAGCUGAUGUGAUCAAGGGAUCCUGGCAGCCUGUGGGCGAUCUCCUCAUUGAUUCUCUCCAAGAUCACCUCGAAAAAGUCAAGGCACUUCGAGGAGAAAUUGCGCCUCUUAAAGAGAAUGUAAGCCACGUCAAUGACCUUGCUCGCCAACUCACCACAUUGGGUAUUCAGCUGUCACCGUAUAACCUCAGCACUCUGGAAGACCUGAACACCAGAUGGAAGCUUCUGCAGGUGGCCGUUGAGGACCGCAUCAGGCAGCUGCAUGAAGCCCACAGGGACUUUGGCCCAGCAUCCCAGCACUUCCUUUCCACUUCUGUCCAGGGUCCCUGGGAGAGAGCCAUCUCGCCAAACAAAGUGCCCUACUAUAUCAACCACGAGACCCAAACAACUUGCUGGGACCAUCCCAAAAUGACAGAGCUCUACCAGUCUUUAGCUGACCUGAAUAAUGUCAGGUUCUCAGCUUAUAGGACUGCCAUGAAACUCCGAAGACUGCAGAAGGCCCUUUGUUUGGAUCUCUUGAGCCUGUCAGCUGCAUGCGAUGCCUUGGACCAGCACAACCUCAAGCAAAAUGACCAGCCCAUGGAUAUCCUGCAGAUCAUUAAUUGUUUGACCACUAUUUAUGAUCGCCUGGAGCAAGAGCACAGCAAUCUGGUCAACGUCCCUCUCUGCGUGGAUAUGUGUCUCAAUUGGCUGCUGAAUGUUUAUGACACGGGACGAACAGGGAGGAUCCGGGUCCUGUCCUUUAAAACUGGCAUCAUUUCUCUGUGUAAAGCACAUUUGGAAGACAAGUACAGAUACCUUUUUAAGCAAGUGGCAAGUUCAACAGGAUUUUGUGACCAGCGCAGGCUGGGCCUCCUUCUGCAUGAUUCUAUCCAAAUCCCAAGACAGCUGGGUGAAGUUGCGUCCUUCGGGGGCAGUAACAUUGAACCGAGUGUCAGGAGCUGCUUCCAAUUUGCUAAUAAUAAGCCUGAGAUUGAAGCGGCCCUCUUCCUAGACUGGAUGAGACUGGAACCCCAGUCCAUGGUGUGGCUGCCCGUCCUGCACAGAGUGGCUGCCGCGGAAACUGCCAAGCAUCAGGCCAAGUGUAACAUCUGCAAGGAGUGUCCAAUCAUCGGAUUCCGGUACAGGAGUCUAAAGCACUUUAAUUAUGACAUCUGCCAAAGUUGCUUUUUUUCUGGUCGAGUUGCAAAAGGCCAUAAAAUGCACUAUCCCAUGGUGGAAUAUUGUACUCCGACUACUUCGGGAGAAGAUGUUCGUGACUUUGCCAAGGUACUAAAAAACAAAUUUCGAACCAAAAGGUAUUUUGCGAAGCAUCCCCGAAUGGGCUACCUGCCAGUGCAGACUGUCUUAGAGGGGGACAACAUGGAAACUCCUGUUACUCUGAUCAACUUCUGGCCGAUAGAUUCUGCGCCUGCCUCGUCCCCUCAGCUUUCACACGAUGAUACUCAUUCACGCAUUGAACAUUAUGCUAGCAGGCUAGCAGAAAUGGAAAACAGCAAUGGAUCUUAUCUAAAUGAUAGCAUCUCUCCUAAUGAGAGCAUAGAUGAUGAACAUUUGUUAAUCCAGCAUUACUGCCAAAGUUUGAACCAGGACUCCCCCCUGAGCCAGCCUCGUAGUCCUGCCCAGAUCUUGAUUUCCUUAGAGAGUGAGGAAAGAGGGGAGCUAGAGAGAAUCCUAGCUGAUCUUGAGGAAGAAAACAGGAAUCUGCAAGCAGAAUAUGAUCGUCUAAAGCAGCAGCAUGAACAUAAAGGCCUGUCCCCACUGCCGUCCCCUCCUGAAAUGAUGCCCACCUCUCCCCAGAGUCCCCGGGAUGCUGAGCUCAUUGCUGAGGCCAAGCUACUGCGUCAACACAAAGGCCGCCUGGAAGCCAGGAUGCAGAUCCUGGAAGACCACAAUAAACAGCUGGAGUCACAGUUACAUAGGCUAAGGCAGCUGCUGGAGCAACCCCAGGCAGAGGCCAAGGUGAACGGUACAACGGUGUCCUCUCCUUCUACCUCUCUACAGAGGUCAGACAGCAGUCAGCCUAUGCUGCUCCGGGUGGUUGGCAGUCAAACUUCAGAAUCCAUGGGCGAGGAAGAUCUUCUCAGCCCUCCCCAGGACACAAGCACAGGGUUAGAGGAAGUGAUGGAGCAACUCAACAACUCCUUCCCUAGUUCCAGAGGACACGAUGUAGGAAGCCUUUUCCACAUGGCAGAUGAUUUGGGCAGAGCGAUGGAGUCCUUAGUUUCAGUCAUGACAGAUGAAGGAGGGGCAGAAUAAAUGUUUUACAACUCCCGAUUCCCGCAUGGUUUUUAUAAUAUUCAUACAACAAAGAGGAUUAGACAGUAAGAGUUUACAAGAAAAAAAAAAUCUAUAUUUUUGUGAAGGGUAGUGGUACUAUACUGUAGAUUUCAGUAGUUUCUAAGUCUGUUAUUGUUUUGUUAACAAUGGCAGGUUUUACACGUCUAUGCAAUUGUACAAAAAAAAGUUAUAAGAAAACUACAUGUAAAAUCUUGAUAGCUAAAUAACUUGCCAUUUCUUUAUAUGGAACGCAUUUUGGGUUGUUUAAAAAUUUAUAACAGUUAUAAAGAAAGAUUGUAAACUAAAGUGUGCUUUAUAAAAAAAAAGUUGUUUAUAAAAACCCCUAAAAACAAACACAUACACACACACACACACACACACACACACACACACAAACUUUGAGGCAACACAUUGUUUUGCAUCCUUUUAGCGUGAUAUCCAUAUGAAAUACAUGGCUUUUUUUUUCCUUGCAUAUUAAAGAUAGGACUUCCUCUAACACCACCGAAUGACUAUUUCACAUUGCUCUUUUUGGAAUUGUUAACUGAGUGGGACUGGCUGUGGGUUUUUGUUUUAUACAUCUAUAUGUCUAUAAGUAUGUAAAUGCUAUAGGGAUAUAGAUAAAUAGAUAUAAACUUCUAGAGACCUUUUAAAUUUCUUGUUCAAAUGUUCCUGCCACUUGCUAAUGGAAAGAAAUUGCUUCUGGUCAUCCAGGCUUACCUGUUUGGUCUAAAAUGAAUGUUCCCUGGAGCCUCAAGCCAGAAGGAGACUACCACACUAAAACAUUGUCUGGGGCUCCAGGUGUUUCUCAUUUUAAACUUUCCACUGACAACUAGGGUAUUGAAUUUUUUUAAAAAGGAACAUAUGAAUGAAUACACAGGACGACUUAUGUCCGAGUAAUCUGCUGGUUGAUACAUUCAGCUUCCUGCUGCCGGCAAUGCCACGACCUAGAUUUAAUGAUGCUUCAGUGGAAGUCAGAGCAUCAGAAGGCAUUUUUAAUUCCCAGACGGUAGGAAGACUAUGGUAAGGGCUGGAGGGCUAUGGAUUCCCAGCCGAUCCCUGUGAGGGAGCCGGCCACUCUUAAAGGAGAGGAUUGAAUGAAUGUUCAUAACCAUACAUAGAGAUCUUUAUAAUUAAACUGAAUUAUCCUUCCUCCUCUCACAGUCAAACAGCAGUGGGUGUUUUGGUUUUUCUCUUUUUUUUAAGAUUUUUUUCUCAUUGCAACGAGUUUUUAAGUGCUGCAAGACUUAAUUUAAAAUAACCCUUGGGAAAAUGUGUAAGACAGUGGCCCCAUCACAUUGUGAUCCUGUUAAUAUCCACCCAGAAGCCCAUGACCUGUGUUUCCCUCCUUUGCAUUUCUCUAUGAGUAAUUCCACACAGGUUUGUAAGUGGGAACGCAAAUUGAUUCAAAUGUUCCAAAAGGUACUCCAAACCCUUUUUGGUGGAUUAGACAGGUUGCAUAUGUAAAAAGACGAAAAUUGUUCAAAAAGAGGAGAAAAACUCAAGAGGACUAACUGGUAGGAAAAAGCUUUACUCUUUCAUUUCAUCUUAUUAGUCUGAUUUUUUUUUAAUCAUUCAAUAGGAAUCACCGUGUGACCUAUUAUUUUGCAAAUCUGUUACCUCUUACAUUAAUGUAAUUAACUUUUGGAGAGUGGGUUUUGUCCAUCAUUUUAUUAAUGAUAAUUAACAUCAAACAUGGCUUCUCAUGCUAUUUCUACCUCACUUUGGUUUUGGGGUGUUCCUAAUAAUUGUGCACACCUGAUUUCACAGCUUCACCACUUGUCUGUGUGAACAUUUUUCUCCAUUUUCCUUUUCCUUUAUAAUUUCCAAAAGAAAACCCAAAGCUCUAAGGUAACAAAUCACAUGAAGAUUUGGUUUUAGUCUUAUAUUUUUUCCUUUAUGUGACACUGGACUUUUUCUUUACCCAAGGAUUUUUUUUUUUAAACCACGAUUUAAAACAAGGGGUUCCUUUACUUCCUACUAAGAAGUUUAAGUUUCAUUCUAAAAUCAGAGGUAAAUAGAGUGCAUAAUUUUGUUUUAAUCUUUUUGUUUUGUUUUAUCUUUUAGACAUUAGUUUUGGAGUGAGUCUGUCAAAAUAUUUGAAUAAAAAUUGAGAGCUUUAUUGCUACGUUUUAAGCAUAAUUUGGACAUUUUUUUCAUGUUCUUUAUAACCACCGAGUAUUAAACUGUAAAUCAUAAUCAAUGUAACUGAAGCAUAAACAUCACAUGGCAUGUUAUGUCAUUGUUUUCAGGUACUGGGUUCUUACUUGAGUAUCAUAAUAUAUUGUGUUUUAACACCAACACUGUAACAUUUACUAAUUAUUUUUUUAAACUUCAGUUUUACUGCAUUUUCACAACUUAUCAGACUUCACCAAAUAUAUGCCUUACUAUUGUAUUAUAUUACUGCUUUACUGUGUAUCUCAAUAAAGCACGCAGUUAUGUUACAAAAAA